AUGGCGGCGUAUGCACCGCCCUCGUCUUUCCCUAGUCAGACCACCACCGCAUCAGCCAGAGGAUCUUGGGGCGAUCCUCGUGGGUCAGGCCCAUCUCCAGACCAAAAUGAAAAAAUAUAUCCGCAUAUCAAGGACAUUAUCCGAGAAGCCAUAACGACCACCAAUUCUGACGGCUCUUUGCCUCAAUUGCUCAAUGAAGUCGAGAACUGCAUAGCGACAGCCAGAUCAUCGGUCGAGUUUAGACGGCCUGACAUGGCUUACAAGAACUACAUGCGAGCGUUUGAAAUCGCGGUCAAUAUAAUCCCCCGCAACCGGGACUAUGGUUUUACGUCCGACAACAACAGGGCAUGGGCUCAAAAAUAUAGACUGGCUCGGCAGAUGCUGAACGACCUUGAGACACAGAUGGCCCAAGUCAAAGGAUUGAUCGAGGACAAUAACGCUAGAUUUGGAACCCAGCCUCAAGCCCAGACACUUCAGAGGAAGUCUGUUUACUCUUCAGGAUUUGGCGUUCCCCAUGCUUCGACAACAGUAGCAGAGGGACGGCCGUCAUCUUCGGGAGAAAACAAUAUCUCGUCCCAUCAAGAUAUGCCCUCCGGAACCUCCGCCGAAGUGCCAUCUGCAUUGAGAAUCGACAGAGCGCGUCCAACUAGCAGGCCAAAGCCGGAGUCGUUGCAGGGCCGUCCACUCACAGACAAUUCAAAUGAUCUCAGUCAAAGAUUUGCGCGUCUUCGAGGAUUGGGAGGUCAUCCCGAGGAAGCAAAUAUCCUCUCCAUGCCCAAGCCUAGCGACUUUAAGACUGGGCCAGCCUCCACACCAAGACCUCAAUCCUAUCAGGCCCAAACCUACACCGCUGUCAAUGGCACACCACCCCGACCUAGUGGACCCCGAGAUAUGUCGAGCCCUCCGAACAAGCCUCUACUACCUCCAAAAGUGCCGCUGAUUACCUCUAUGACUAUGCCAAAACCACCAAGCCCUACUUAUAGUCCAAUCACAACCACUUCUGGGGCGUUUCAUUCUAGUCACAGCCGUGGAGUUUCCGAAGGCAAUCGUCCUCCAAAUGAGAGAAAACAAACUUACUACAACCAGUCUCAUAACUCGUCGUCUUCCUCUUUGCAUAUGCAAAAGCCCCGCGAUGAUCUUCUUUUGCCAUAUCGACCUACUACCCCAAAUGGCGUCAACUCAGCGUUACUUAAAAGCAAAUCAAGUGAAAUUCCUCACAAACCGACCCUCGAUGCACCGACAUUACACGAAUACAUGAGAAAAUACAAUGUCUUGCUUGUUGAUGUUCGAGAGCGGGCUCAGUUCGACGACGGGCAUAUCAUGGCAAGCUCAAUUAUAUGUAUCGAACCCAUCUCCUUGAAGGAAGGUGUUUCUGCAGAGGAACUUGAAGAACGGCUUGUUCUCGCACCAGACACGGAGCAAUCUUUGUUCUCUCGCCGGAACGAAUUUGAUAUCGUGGUCUACUAUGACCAAUCUACUUACGAUAAUUCUUACCUGAGAGGCCCUCCCACCAUGACAAGAGCCCCUGCUUUGAGAGCCUUGUAUGAUACCUUAUACGAAUUUAACGAUACCAAGCCAUUAAAGGAUGGCCGGCCUCCAGCCCUGCUUGUUGGUGGCAUUGACGCCUGGACCGAAUACCUGGGUAUCCAUGCCCUUGCGCAAUCAAGAACAGCUGCAACUUUGGGCACGACACAGCAUAGGCGAGCCGUCGGCACUGGUAGGCCUCUUGCUCGGCAAAGACUGGUUAGUGCGAACACCCGUUACGAUGUUCGUAACAGACGACUGCGGGAUCACAAAUUUCUUGAUGAAAGUGAACAAGAAGCCUGGCGGAAGCAAGCGAUGCAAGAAGAAGUCACUCCGACAGAUAGAAUUGAAACUGGUAGCGACGAAGAAUACUCUGUGGUCGAAGAGGAGGCGGUUCCGCCUUCGCCUUUUGUUCCUGACUAUGAGACGUUUUUGCGUCGAUUCCCUUCGAUUCAGCAGCAACAAUCAAUGACUAUGCCAGCUCGAAGACCACUUCCUGCACAUCCAGCUGCAUACUUUCCCCCAACAAUGCCUUCGGUUCCAGCCGUCCCUGCACGUCCAGCACCAGCAAUUCCCCGGCCAAGCUACUCAGGCCAAGCAGAUAUUAAUGCUUCUCAACCCUCACUCGCUCGUGUGACUUCAGCUUCACGACCCCCACUCUACUCGUCUGCAACAGCCAUGCGGACUAAAAAACUGCCACGGACCGGAUUGACAAAUUUCGGAGUUACGUGCUAUAUGAACGCGACUCUUCAGUGUCUCUCCGCCACUACUCCAUUAUCACAAUUCUUCAAUGAUCGUGCCUACGAGUCAUAUGUACAACAGAAUUGGAAAGGUAGCAAUGGUAUCAUGCCAAAGAUCUAUGCCAAUGUUGUGCAAUCGGUGUGGAACGAUGAUGUGGAUGUGAUUAAGCCAUCGACAUUUCGCAAUUUCUGUGGCCGGAUGAAUCGCGAGUGGGUCAUCGAUCGCCAACAGGACGCCAAAGAAUUCUUUGAUUUUCUAGUGGAUUGUUUGCACGAAGAUUUGAACGUGCAUUGGGAACGAAACCCCCUUCGACCAUUGACAACAGCAGAAGAAAUGCAAAGAGAGCGUAUGGAGAUUGCCCGUGCGAGUCCGAUUGAGUGGAAACGAUACGAACACCGAGACUACAGUUAUAUGUCCUCAUUGUUUGCUGGUCAGCAUGCUUCUCGCCUACGCUGUCUCACUUGCAAGCAAACUUCCACUACGUACGAAGCUUUCUACAGUAUCAGCAUCGAGAUUCCUCGAAGUGGGAGUGGGCACAUCUAUGAUUGUCUCAACUCUUACUGUCGUGAGGAGAAAUUAUCGGAGCUAUGGAGGUGCCCUUACUGCAAAUGUGAGCGAGAAGCUACAAAGCAGAUCAUCUUAACCCGCCUACCACAAUUUCUGGUCGUUCAUUUCAAGCGUUUCGCAGCUUCAAAAAAUGAAAGAGCAAAGAAAAUUCACACGCCAAUUGAAUUUCCUCUAUAUGGUUUGAUUAUGGAUGAUUUUGUUAUACCUCGCCCCCCACCUGUCCCUGAUCAGGAUGGCAAGAUCGACCUUGCGACAACUCCUCCAUACAGCUAUGAUGCCUAUGGUGUUCUGAGACAUUUGGGUAACAGUGGCGAUGGAGGACAUUAUAUCAGCAUUGUCAAGGAUCAGGGAAGAGGCAGCUGGCGCAAAUUCGACGAUGAAAGACAUGUCGAUCUCGAUCCGAACAAACUGAGCGCUCGAGAUCGGCUUCAGAAUUCGGAAGCAUAUAUUGUGUUCUAUCAAAGGGCACAAGCGAGAUGA